AAAUUUAUAUUAGACUGUUAAAAAUUAGGAUUUGCCAAACUCCGGGCAACAAAACACCGCGUGGCUUAUCUCUUAGCCUCAAACGGGACCUAAUCGAAACCCAAAAAAUACGUAUUUCUUCCAAGCUAGUAAACCUUCUCUUCCGUCUUCACCAGACGAUUCAAUCAGGUCAGUUGCUUCAUCAACCUGUUCAAAGCUGGUAGCUUUAACUCCAUUCAUUUAGUUUUUUAUAUUUCAAAUCACAAAAUGGAUAUACAGUUAGUGGCAGGAAGUCUUGCUCAUUAGUGGUAGUUCUGUAGUAUAUAGAGACAUGGCUUGUUUUUCUAUUUCUUGCAGUAAUGGGUUAUUUAUUACCCACAACAAGUUGGAAUUUUGUGGUGGAAAAACCAAGCCUUUGAGGGGAUGUGAACGUUUUUGUUAUACUUCUUUUCCCUACAGUUAUAAGGGAUUUCAUAAAUUUAAUAAAUCUCAAGUUGGGUUGCUUUGGAAUGGUAAUUUUAGUUCAUUGAUUAAUGAUAAGGGUAGAGUUGCGCCAUUUGGGUUCUGUAGCUGUUGUAAAUUGCAUCAUGGGUUGCCUUGUAAAGAUGAGAUUAAGUCAAUGAGGAGUGGAAACAAUGGAGAUAAACAAUCCUAUUUAGGGAAAAAGGAAAAGGGCAAAAUGAGAAGGAGAUUUUCAUUGAGAUUACGUCCGAGAUUGCGGUUAUUGACUAUUAGAAUGAAGAGAGUUUCAAUUGAGACAAUGUUGAAUGAUGUCAAGACUUAUGUGCGAAAGAAUAUAAGAAGAGUAUUGCUAUCUGGCUCUGUUUCAGUUGCAUUGGGGAUGUGCUAUUUGUUUUUGAAACUAACAGCAUUGCCAUCUCCAAAAGUAGUUCCAUAUUCAGACUUGAUAGCGAACCUUCAAAACGGGUCUGUUACAAAGGUUCUGAUUGAAGAGGGGUCUCGCCGUAUAUAUUACAAUACAAACUUGCAGAGUGAAGAAGCAGGUACUCAAAAGUCCAAUGGAGAAGCAAUGCCAAUAAGUUUGCCAAAUGAAGAUGAGGCCAGUAAGGUUGAGAGUGAUAUUGGUACAAGAUCUGUCACACCACAAAGUUUCAAUAUAUUGAAGAAAUCCUCAAAGGCUCGGGCUUCAAUCCCUGAGUGGCAGUAUGGCACAAGAAAAGUAGACCAUGAUGAAAAGUUUCUUCUUAGCUUGAUGCGAGACAAGGGAACUAGUUAUAGCUCAGCCCCUCAAUCAUUAUUGAUGUCAAUGAGGAGUAUUUUGAUAACUGUUCUAACUCUAUGGAUUCCUUUGAUUCCUUUGAUGUGGCUCCUUUAUCGGCAACUUUCUGCUGCUAACAGCCCUGCCAAAAAGAGGCAACGCGAUACCGAGGUAGUUGGUUUUGAUGAUGUUGAAGGUGUUGAUUCUGCUAAAGUGGAGCUCAUGGAGAUAGUUUCAUGCUUACAAGGUGCUAUAAACUACCAAAAGCUUGGAGCAAAAUUACCCAGAGGUGUUUUACUGGUGGGUCCUCCAGGAACAGGGAAAACGUUACUUGCCCGUGCAGUGGCUGGAGAGGCAGGUGUACCAUUUUUCACUGUUUCUGCUAGUGAAUUUGUGGAGAUGUUUGUUGGAAGAGGGGCAGCACGCAUUAGAGACCUUUUCCUUGUGGCAAGGAAAUCUUCCCCUUCAAUUAUUUUCAUUGAUGAACUUGACGCGGUUGGAGGAAAGCGUGGUAGAAGUUUCAAUGAUGAGCGAGACCAAACACUGAAUCAGUUGCUGACAGAAAUGGAUGGAUUUGAGUCAGACAUGAAGGUAGUUGUUAUCGCAGCGACCAAUAGGCCAGAAGCAUUGGAUCCAGCCCUUUGCCGGCCAGGCCGAUUUUCGAGAAAAGUAUAUGUAGGAGAACCGGAUGAAGAAGGAAGGAGAAAGAUCUUGGCUGUCCAUUUGAGAUAUGUUCCUCUAGAGGAAGAUAUGAAUCUAAUAUGUGACUUGGUUGCUUCCCUUACCCCAGGUUUUGUAGGUGCCGAUCUUGCAAAUAUUGUCAACGAAGCUGCUUUACUCGCUGCUCGCAGAGGUGGUGAAAUUGUUACAAGAGAUGAUAUAAUGGAAGCAAUUGAAAGAGCAAAGUUUGGAAUUAAUGAUAAACAGCUGAGGCCUUCUACAAUAGGGAAGGAGCUGGGUAAACUGUUUCCAUGGAUGCCAUCUUUGGCAAGAAAGAGUGACACCAGAACAGAAGGGUUUCAAGAUCCAUUAGGAUAUCAGACUUUAAGCUGAAGUGAAGAAGAGAGUAUACAAAGAGUCUAUUGAUGUAACUUAUAUUGGAUUUUGGACUUGAAUAUCCAUUUAAAUUUGGAUUGGUAAUUUUUUUUUAUUAUUUGUUACCAUCUAUUGAACAUAUAAAUUUUCAUAAGAAUGACAUAAAUGGAAUCUCAAAACUAUUACUUGAAUUUGAGCUUCA